UUGUUGCUUGUAACGGACAAACCCUCACGGUAACAGUUAUUGGUUGACUGCUAUGCGGCUAGACGUCUUUGCGCAGUGAUAUGCGUGACGCUGUCUCUACCUGUGCCGCGAUGUCAGCCGUUGGCUCGGGUUUACAGGCGAGCAUACGCUGCACGUUAAUCUUUGCCCUCUACCUGUACCUGGUUUCCUCUGCGGUGCUGAACUUUAUGUGCGAAGUUAGAGGGAGUACUGCCUUAUCACCCCCAUCUCACAUCGUGUAAGAAAAAGCGGCAGUUUGGGUGAAUUUUGCCAAUUAAAGCCAUUCGCGACCGCGUGUCCCCGCAGUCAGGACGGCAACGUGACGUCGUUACUACUGCUCAUCAUAACUAACAACAUGAAAUAUAUACAGCUGGUCUUAAAUCACCCCGUAAUAACAAUAAUAAUAAUAAUUGGGACAUAAUUCAUUUAAAAUCACUCAAACGUAAAAGGAAAUUGUUUAGGCUCAAUAGGCAGUAAGCAUGCAAAAAGGCUGUUUUCUUUGGUGACACAGCAACAAGUGGAGUGGGCCCUGUUAUCUCUUUAUUUGUCCCUUGCUGCCAGGUGCUCGACAUGUGUUUUUAAGUGUGUUUACACAGGAUAGCAGGCUCGUCCAACAAAGCCAUAUGCGCAAAAGCGCUGCGGCCCUAGUUUAGAUGGUCUGGAUUCACACCCAUGCCUCAUCGGGAUUUAAGUGGAAGGUGAGGAGGAAGAAGUGGAGUGCGUCUUUCAAUGAGCUGCUCCAGAGUGCUGGUGGAUGUAGUCGAGCAGAAAGAAAUGCAACAGAACUAAUUUUCAAAAAGGAACCAACACACAGAGGGGGAAAAAAGGCCUAUCCUUUUCCAAAGAAGCUCCAUAAAGACAAUAAAGCCCAUAAAAGGUGCGCUAUAACUACAAGUAGUCACUCAUAUUCGACCAGAGAACUUUAAACAAGCAGGACAGUUAAAACAUCCCAUAAUUAUACAGCCCUGAACUGUCAGCCUUUUAGAAAAUAAGGCAUAGCUUAAGAUAUUAGUGAAGCAUUCAUCCCAGAAGCUGAUCUGCCCACAUCUCUUAUUUGGGUCUUUAUUAUCUGUGGGAAGAUAAAAGAUGCAAUAAAUGUUUUGUAACUAUAAAUCAAAAAUGUCCAUGCAGAUGAUAGCUGCUUACAUUAUUUUGCACACAGCCUGCUUGCAAAACUCAGUAAUUUGCCACGCAACACAGUUUUAUUGCAUGCAUGUAACAGUGUGAGUGUCUGGGGUUUAAGUAAAGCCGCGGUUCAGUAAAAGGCCAAGAGUUUAUGACUUGCGAUGCCUGCAGUUGAUUUUCCUGAAAGUGUUUUGCGGCUUGACACGGUUUGGCAGUGAUCUUAGUCUGUCAUCAGACUCGCUAUCUUUCAGGGCGUGUUUAGUGUUUAACGUGUGAGUGCUAAUUUGAAAUUAAGGUUCCUCCCAAGCUGUGAAUAUUUGUCCAAUCUGGUUGACUUUUUCACCAUUAUCACCUCUCAAAUAUUAAUAUUGGCAAUCUGUGUUUUAUUUUUGUGUAUCUAGAUGUGUCUCUUUGUAUGUGUGGAGUGCGGUUUGGGGCCUUAGCCUUUAUGCCUGACCUUCAGCCUUUGAUCUGUGGCUCGUGUGAAGGCGUAACAUGACUCAAAGAUGUUGUGGGGCUCAGCAAUUUUAAGCGGGACAUCCGCUUCAACUGGGGAUCAAAGACAUAGGCGAUUGGUUCAGGACCCUCUCCUCCUCAUAUAGCAUGUCUAUGGUGUGUGGUCGGUUACUCUGCUGUAGUUUAGACCCCCCCUCUCCCCAAGAGAAGCAUCUUUAACAGGCUGUGGUUUGCAUCAAGAGAUAAAUGGAUGGUGUUAGUCUAUAAUGUAUGUAAAGAGUUUGGUCAUGGCUUUAAAUGUAUCAAAAAUAGUUUAAAACGAUCAGUUUAGGGACUUUUUAAUAAAUACAUUUUAUGUGGUGGCAAGUUGAGAGUUGUUUGUAAUCCAUAUGUUGUUUCAAGGUGAGGAAUUUUUUAACGGUCAAACCAGCGACCUCCCCCACUUGUUGCAUACCAACGUAACCACACUUACUCCCUCUUUCAUUUCCCCCCUCUGACUUUUUCUCUCUCUGUCUCACAUACACACUAAUUCACACACACUGCUUCACAGUCCUACUUCUCCACCCACCAAUAUGCAGUACAAACAAGUUAUACAUCUGUAGAGUAUGCUGAUGUGUGAGCAGUUACACAGUGACACACCAGUCUUUGGUUAUUCAUUCAGCCUCUUUCUUUCUUUCUUUCUACAAGUUAAAUUUUUUUAAAGUUUUCUUCCCAUGAGAUUUUCAUUGGGAGUGGCCAGUUACCAAGCAAAUCUGAGAUGGUUUGGGUAUAUGCAGAGGAGGGAUAGUGGCUAUAUUGGAUAAUGGAUGUUUAAUACUUUGCUACCGGACAGGGGGAAAAGAGGAAGACCUCAGAGGAGGUUCAUGGAGGUAGUGAAGGAGGACAUGCAGAAGACUGAUGUGACAGCAGAGGAUGCUGAGGAUAGGGUAAGAUGGAGGGAGAUGAUUCGACCCCUGAAGGGAGCAGCUGAAAGAAGAAGAAGAGGGUUUUUCCAGAACGAAUCAUAACAAAAGUGUUCCUUCUUGGCUGAGUUCUUCUCUGAGGAUGAACGCUUCACUGAUAAAAACGCAGUGAAAGGAUGGUGUGACAAACAGACUUCCAGAGGAACCAGUCACUGCUCAGCGCUCAGAGGGAGACCAUGGCUCCCAUGUCCCUCAUGCUCCUGGUCUUGCUCACCUCCAUCAUCGAUUUUGCCGAUGCUCAGACCGUCAUCGGCUACUCCUCCUCCUUCUCUUCUCUGGACCUGCCUAGCGAUUCUUCACCUCCACCAACCAAGCAGACUCCUCGUUUCUGGCCAUCUUUGCCUCCCAGGGGACGCAGUGAUGUGCCCAUCAGAGUUACAGGACAGGACAGGUUAACAACUACAAAUACAGUGGAGCAGAGGGAAAGACUCCAUCCAUCGGUGACACAGUUCAACCGCCCUCUUGAGUCUGCCCUUCCCACACAGAACCUUAGCAGUGGACUAAUUGUAACCCAACCAACUGCCUCUAGGCCCAGAACUGACACAGCCAGUUUAGCAUUCAGCAGAGCUUUCAGAAAGGGAGUUGCCACUACAAAAAGCUCAACUCCACCUCCACUUGUGUUGGACUCUGCCGAAGUGGCUGAGCCUGCAGGUGAUAAGACAGUGACAGGAGCGAAUCCAAAGGAGGAUGCAAUUAAAGAGAAGCAGGGUGUUGAUUCACAAGGGUUGGGAUCAGGUAUUGCUCCAACAGUAAUGUUUGUGAAGGAGGAAUCACCCGAUCCUCUGUCAACAGUUGAUGAUGAAAUGGCACAGUAUCGACCGCAGGCACAGACCGCGGUCUCUAAAGUUUCUGAUGUAAAAACUCCACCACUGGACAGUCAGACCGUGAAGCCUCACCUGUUUGCGUUGACAACCACCAGCACAACCAGCACCACUUCUACAACAGUAGCGAGUGAGAAAGUGAUGACCCCACUGUCCUCUGUGGUAACGCAGCAGACACUUAAGACUGUGCAAUUAAAAGGUGAACUGGGACCAAACACUCCUUCCACUGACAGAGUUACUCCAAAGCAGGACUCUGAUGCUGCAAUGUUACCCCAACCAACAUCUACCGCGACUGGCUCUAUUGCUAAACAGCUCCAGCCUGGAGCACAGCCGGUUACUACCCAAAGCAAGAACAGCUCGCAUUCAAACACCACAAAACUACAAGUGACAAAUACUUCUACACCCAGUGUGCUUCUUUCUGCCAAAUCAACAACUCAGCUCAGCAAAACAGUACAGCGAGGAAGACAUGCUGCAAGCACAACAGUGCAGUCACUGAAGAUAGGGGUCUCUUCCAGUCUUACAGCGAGUGUUGUACCAGCCAUCCAAACACGGUUUCGUCCCACAUAUCAGAAUGGUAUUAUUCAGAAGAACCACUCUCAUCAGCUAUGGGGGAACCCUCACUCAGCUCCUUAUUCCACUUCUGAUCCAGCUCCCUCUCCCAGUGCCAAUUCCUCACCUAAUGCCACACUUCUUUACUGGGGUGAUCUAAGCCGGACACUUGCUUUCGCCUGGGAACUUCAUGUCUACGGAUCUGCAAGCCUCUUCCUCUUGCUGUUUGCUGGAGCUGCUCUUGGCCUCACACUGUCCCCUGGCGCAAACUGUCCUCAUCGUGGUGCUCUUGCACUGGCCAAUGCUCUGCUGUUUCUGGCUGGAGGCCUCAGAGCAGCUCUAUUUCUCAUUGAUCCCUAUGGCACACGAAAAUUCCUCCCUCGCCCUGCAGUUACAGCCAUCUACAACCUGCCUCUGCACCUCCUGGUAUGGACACAUGCUGCCCUGGCGCUGCUGGCACUGAGGGUGGCAGGAAUAAGUGCGUUACCGCCAACCAUGGAGCGGCCUCCUCUGGUGGCUGUGCUGACUGUGUUGCAGUGUACCCUGCUGCUGGCAGCUGAUCUGCUCUCCCCAGCCCUCUCUCCUGUGGUGCCUGUCACCCUACAAGUCCUGUCUCUGUGUUGGGGUCUGAGUCUCUGCCUGGGCUUUCUUUGCUAUGUCUUCCCACGUAUACGCUGCCCUGCUGUUCCUCAAGCCGGAGUUUCCGAAGAGGUACGGAGAAAGGCCUGGACAGGGAGCAGGAGAAUAGGAGUGAUUCUGGGAAGAGUGCUGGCAGUGUGUGCAGUUCUUGGGGCUUUGUGUUUUGGAUUGCAUGCCCAUGCUAUCUUGUGGCUUUAUGGACUGUUAGGUGACUGGACACGCUUCAACUGGGGAUGGUGGCUAGUGCAUUUCUGGGCCCGACUCCUGGAACUAGCCUGGGGGUUCUCCCUGCUCCUCCUGAGCUCGUGGGUGUUCUGGAGGCCUCAGAGUUGCCGUGGAAGGGAAGAAGGUGGCCAGGAUGGAAGAGCAGCAGGAGACCUAGCAUCCCCUAGUGAUUCUGCAGGCUCCCCUCAAACACAUACCUGCUGGUCCAAGAUAGUCCAGAGCCUGAAGGGUAAGCCCUGCAGGAAGUCUGACAGUAAUGGCGUAGGAGGAGGAGGAGGUGGAGGGGUAGGAGAAGUGCCUAACAACUGGGCUGGCCAGGACCGUCCUGGGGCUGAUAUCAGCAAGAGUCUGAUUAGAAAUCAGAACCAUGAGCAGGCCGUUUCACAGCCACUUGUCAAAGACAGCAACCGGGGACGGAACCAUAGGGGCCACUCUGCAGAGCGAGGCACAUCUGACGGCUCUACUGGCUCCCUCCUAAGACUGCAGACGUUUGGCCAGCCUCCACAGCGCUCGGUGAGUGGCAGCCUGGAUCAGGAUAGGGAUACUUCCCUGUCUUUCUAUGAGUUUGACCUGCGGCCGCCCUCCCCCAUCGACCUGACCCGCAGCAUCGAUGAGGCUCUGCACAGAGAACACCUGCUUGAAGGAGGGAGCCUGUUUCAUCCUUUGAACCAGACCUUACAGUCCCCUUCCCCAGGCUCAGGGGUCAGUCAGGGGCCCUGGCUCCGCAGGAACAGUGAUCCUCAGUUGCUCUCAGAGAGUAGCGAGGCUCCAACAGAGUCUUCCAUGCCACUGGGGGGAAGCAUUCUCAGUAGUGUACCCAGUAGGCAGGUGACUGCUCCCCCAACGCCAUCCCACCAGGGUCACAGAUGGGCUGGAAAUGGGACAACAAGUGUCCCUUCAUCAGUGUCCUGUCCUGUGUCACUCCGUCCCUCCAGAACCUCAACGGGGCAUUUGGGAGACGAUGGAGUGGACGACACACGACCGUUUAUCACCCCAGACUCUGAAAGUGUGCGAGGGAGAGCUGCGAGGCCAGUGGGGUCACGCAGUUACCUGGAAGUCAGUCGACAUGACGAUUCUGCCAGUGUCAGCAGCGAGAUUAUUGACCUAUGAGCCUAUCCUUGGACAUGAGGACCAAAUGACUGCACAUCUAACGCAUUCAUUUAACAGUAACUAAUCCUAACCAGGGAUGCUGCAAAUAUUGGGAUAAUAGUAUUAUUAAACUGUGUAAUAAUACUUUUUGUCAAAAGAGUGAAAAUAUGAAAACAAGGAUCUGGGUGACAAACUUAAAAGGUGUCACCUAGCUGCCUUUUGUCUUUGUUGAUCAGAUUAGCUGUUGAUUAGCAUAAUUUAUAGACAAACAGCACGCUCACUUUCCCAUCUGUCUAUCUUUUUCUUGUCUGUUUAACACUGGUAUGACUUCAAGUACACUGAGAGCACACUUACAUACAAUUCCUGAGAAUGGCUCUUUAGCAGGUCCGUGCUUGUGACUGGCUUCAGAUUUGUGAAGCUGAUAAAUUUAAUCUUUCAAGAAAGUAAGUAGAUUUAGAUAUUCAAGUUCUUGCUUGGAAACAUUACUUUAACACCGUUAAGUUUAAAGGGUAAAAGACAAAUGAUGCUCCAAGUGUCUUUGUGUCCUGUUCAAAUGGUUUCUGCAAAAAGAAAAAUACAUGACUGCAUAUGAUUGCUCACCAGUUCGAUUCCUUUACUAGAGUUUAUUUGCUGUCUUUCAUAUUUCACUUCGUGAUGUAAAGUUGUGCCAUACAUAAUCAAAGUUGGUUUCUGUGCUAUUAUUAAUGGUUUUAUAAACCCAUUAUUUGGGUUAAUGGUCUCUAGCAUCUUAGCAUUGUGACUCAGCUGCAGAUUACUACAUCUAAGCUCUUAACUUGCUGCUGCCAUCAUUGUACUUGUCCAGUUUGCCUUGUAUUUUAAAACCGGUUACAUAAAGAGGCAGGCGAUGAGACACAGCUGCGGAGCAGACACCUGCUAACAUGUGUUCCUGAGGUUUUUAGCUGUUGAUCAAAUUGACAGACUUUAAAUAUGGAACUCAACUAUGAUGCAUUUUGUUAAAGGACAGAGCUUUGCAAUCAAUAACCAUGCUUAAUGUAAGCCUCUCAAUAAAAAGCUGCAUUCAGUUCAAUAUGUUUGGUAUCUAAUUACAUGCUUCAUAGCUUUGCAGGGCUGCAGCACACAAGACCGGCUUAGCAUGAACCUCAGAAUUCCUAUAGUUAGGCCUGACUCAAUAACGGAGCACUUAACCCCAAGCCUGAGCACUAGAGUGAAGUAUUUUAUUACUAAAAAGGAAAAUAUCUUUGAAAUCUAUGAUGUAUAAGCAACAAUGUAAAUAGUUAUUUUUGAUGUUUCAUGAAUAAAGGUGUAUUUGAAACAGUUAUAGUUGUUACUGUGAAAGACAAUCUAAGUGAUAUUGCUUAUGCGUCUGAGCUGUGCAGACAGUUUUGCUAUUUCGACAUCAGAUUGUGGCCUGUUUAGUACAUGCAGAGCUGUGACAGCUGAUGCUUGACUGCAGAUGUUAUGUUAAGGACUUUUUGGGCUAUGCUCAGAAUUAAAAAAAGAUGGAGGUUUAGCGAAGUGUACAGUUGACGGUCAGGAUCGGUUUGAUUUUUUUUUAUUUCAGCUUUUCCUGUCGUUAGCGGCGACAAAAUUAUUGGGGGGAAAACAAACAAACAAAACAAAAACAACAUUUUGGUGAAACCAUAUUUCAUCCAUUAAUUCAUUUUAACUGUUUCUGAUCCCAAAAGAUAGCCCAGUGGUUCCCUCUGAAACUUGAACGGUUUUGCUCCAACUUGAGAUAUACUUUAUUAUAAAUGAAACUUACAGAUUUAUCAUUGUGAUUCAGUCUUUGAAUGUUGUUUUGAAUAUGUGAGGAUAAAGUGACAUUUUGUUUUGCAUUAUUUGGGAAGAAACAUAGUUACUCAUGCCUCUGUUCCUGAUUAGAGCCAGUCCCUUACUUGUUUUCCGGUUACCUCAGGGUGACUUGCAGCACCUCCCAGUGAUGUGAGACGCUUGACGUAUAUAGUAUUUACAGUACAAUGGCCUUUUGUUGCUGUCUACAUUCCAGUGAACCUGUAUAAUUUUACCGUAUCAGCUCUCACCAUUACCGCCAUUACCUAUUUUACUUCAUGGCAGCCGUGGUUCCUCCAGCAACUGUAGUGUUGUCCUACGGAGCAGUAAGUCCUGUAGAAAAUGUGCCCCUUUUGGUCUUUAGCCAUUUUGCAGAAGUGCAGUGUUAGCGUCAUCUGUUUACUUUGCUCACUGAACUUUUGUUCUUGUAUUUCUUGCUGCAUUUUUUGUUUGAAUUUAAAUAAAAAUGAUAAAACUCAAA